CCUAAAACACCCAAGACACCAACAAAUAAUAAUCAGGCGCUAAGGCGGUGGCCAGACCCCUUUGGGAGAGAAGCAAACAAGCCAAAUUCCCCCACUCCGCCACUAAAAAAAACUUCUUCCCCUCCUUUAUUUUUCUCUCUUCUUCUUCCAGCGCCAAUUUCCCUUCUCUUUCUAUUUUUUUUGAGACGUCUCUUCCUACCGCCAAAAUGAUUAUCUACAAGGAUAUUGUCUCCGGUGACGAGCUCAUCUCCGAUACCUUCAACCUCGUUCCCGCCAAGGACUGCGACAUCCUGUGGGAGGCUGACUGCCGCAAGUACCUGAAGAAGAAGAACGAGGACUUCGCUCUCGAGGGUGCCAACCCCUCCGCCGAGGACGCCGAGGAGGAGGGUGGUGAGGGUGAGGCCGUCAUGGUCCACGAUAUUGAGGACCAGUUCCGUCUCGUCUGGCUCAAGCCCGAGGAAGGUCUUAAGCCCUCCAAGGAGAGCUACAAGUCUCACCUGAAGGCCUACAUUAAGAAGCUCAACAAGCGUGUCGCCGAGACCAAGUCCGAGGCCGAGCUCAAGGCCUGGCAGGAAAAGGUCAAGGUUGCCAUGAAGAAGCUCACCUCCAACUACGACAACUACGAUCUCCUCAUGGGCGAGUCCAUGAACGGUGAUGCUAUGUACGUCCUCAUCGAUUUCCGUGAGGAUGGUGUCACCCCUUACGCUACCGUCUGGGCCGACGGUCUCCGCGAGGAGAAGGUCUAG